AUGACUUUAAAAAUUGUGCUGGAAAGCAUUGCAGCAAUAACAGAAACAACUAAAACGACAGUGUUGCAGGUGAUUCUGCUGUCGGCCAUUGUCUGGUUUAUUGCAAAUUCCAUCAGAACUUGGUAUCGGCUGCGGUAUUUCAAAGGUCCAUGGUUAGCCUCAUUCUCAUCCGUCUGGAUGGCUUAUGCCCAGCUAUCCGGCCGAAUGUAUGAGAAAUAUCCCGAGGUGUCGCGGAAGUACGGCCCAUACGCUCGCAUCGGACCUAAUACCUUACUGACAAAUAACUUACAACUUCUUCGGUCUAUGUCUGCCGCUCGUUCGCCCUACGGGAGAUCGAACUACUACGCCGGUUUACAGAUGGAUUCUCGAGGAGAGAGUAUACUUUCAAUGACCAACACUGCCGAUCAUGAUGCUCUGAGAGCAAAAAUGGCUACUGCAUUUGCCGGCAAAGAGAACGAUUCUCUCGAGUCUGAUAUUGACUCGCAGAUUAUGGAGCUAGUCACUCUUCUCCGCUGCAAGUAUCUCAGCACUGAUACAUAUACAAAGCUUGCCGAUUUAGGAGAUAUUAUUAUAUACUUUGCUAUGGACGCAGUUUCCAAGAUCGCCUAUGGGGAAUCAUUUGGAUAUCUGAGGAGAGACGAGGAUGUCCACAAGUACCUGACAACUUUUAGGCAAGCUGCAAAGUUAAUAACUAUUGCCACCGAUGUUCCGGCGCUCAGGUCCUACCAUCGUUUUAUGAUGAGAUACUUUUCACCAACUGUCAAAGAUAAGACUGGACUAGGAAGAAUGAUGGCAGUCGGCAACAAAAUCGUUUCACAGAGAUACCAUUCUGGCGAAGAUAAGAGAGAUAUGCUAGGGGGUAUGAAGAGGCACGGAUUGACUAAAUUGCAGGCCGAAAUUGAAACUAUUACAACACUGAUGGCCGGUGCAGAGACAACAUCUACUGCAGUGCGAACUGGACUAUUGUACCUGAUAACUUCCCCUGUUAUCUUGCAGAAUCUUCGCCUUGAGCUGAGACGGAAUGGACAUCUUGAUUCUCCUGACGAUCAAUGCAUUUCCAAAGCUGAUGCGGAUAAAUUGCCAUAUUUGCAAGCUUGCAUAAAGGAAAUUCUGCGAAUGAACCCACCCUUUGCGGGCAUGCUAGAAAAAGCAGUCCCUGACGGUGGCGACUAUAUCAAUGGGCAUUAUGUACCCGGAGGUACAGGAAUUGCACAUAGCACUUUUAGUCUACAGAGAGAUACAGAGAUCUUCGGUCACGAUCCGGAAAUAUUUCGUCCAGAACGCUGGAUACAGGCAUCUCCAGAACAGCUUAGGACAAUGAACGAUGCUGUGGACAUGGUCUUUGGUUACGGCCGAUGGGGCUGUAUUGGUAGGCCAAUUGCGUACAUUGAGCUGACUAUUACGGAGAUUUGA